AUGAAUAAACCAAUUAAUCUCACUAAUAAUGAAAAUCUGAGUAGCAAUGACUGUAACCCAAUCCCAACCCCUGUUUUAACCCCUGUGGUGACAAUCGAUUUUGAUGACAUAAAAGAGGAACUGGAAUUAUGGGAAUCAGCUGUGGUUUGUUAUGUGUUGGGUGCAAACCCUCUACAAAAUGUGAUGGAAGGCUAUGUGAGACGAAUUUGGGGGAAAUUUGGGGUAGACAAGGUUUCUCUGGUUGGGAAAGGCAUAUACCUGGUUCGAUUUGCAACUAUGGAGAAUUGUGAGAAAGUUCUCCAUAGUGGUUUCCAGUUCUUUGAUUCUAAACCAUUAAUAGUGAAACCAUGGUCACCUGAUAUCAAUUUCAGUAAAGACCCUAUCAAGAAAAUCCCAAUUUGGGUCCAACUGCAAGGACUGGAUGUCAAAUACCGGGGGGAUAAGAGUCUCACCAAGAUAGUUAGUCAACUUGGUGUCAUGCUCAAAGUUGACCAGGCUACAAAAAAUAGGGAUAAAUUGAUGUAUGCAAGAGUCCUAGUGGAGGUCAGUGUGGACCAACCAUUUCCAGAGGUGAUUCACUUCAUCAAUGAAAAAGGAAUACAGGUUGAUCAACAGGUCAAAUAUGACUGGUUGCCUGUAUCAUGUACAAUCUGUGGAGGUAUGGGGCAUGACAAGGUCAAAUGCACUAGGAAACCUCCUGGUCAUACUAGGAAGGUUUGGGUUCCAAAACCUGUUCAGCUGGAAACAACUACUACUCAACCUAUACAACCUGUGGAACCAACUAAUGUGUUUGUUCAAGCAACCAAGUUCAGUAGGAUAGUGGGACAGCAGUUGAAACCAGUGGUCACCUCAACCACAUACCAGGCCUUAUCUGAAUCUGAUAAUGAAGUGGAAAGUGAUGUUGAUAUGUCUAUGAAGAAUCAUGCAGGUAGUGUGCACUCAUUAGGCAGGGGGGUGGCAUCCCCUAGUCCUAAUGGAUAA